UACAUGAAUAGCCUCCCUUGGCUCCACUAAUAUACAAAUAGUUACACAAAAUAAAAGGACAGGGUUUUGUGUAAAGUUAUUUUGGUAUUUUGGCUCUUUGCACAUUUUGGAGUAAUUUUUUAAAUAGUUGUUACUACAUUAUAAACAGCACAUGAAUGCAUCAUUGCGCUGUAGUUGAGAGGGGCUUGUUAGCCACAGUUAGCCACUCCGCUUUCAACAUAGUUUGCGUUACAACAAGUGUUUCGAAGUCUUUUGAGGGGAAGUAUUUGAUUAAUAAUUUCUCAGAUACCAAGAUAAACAUGUUUACGAAUUUCACUUUGUAGAGUCGUGUAGCUUUAUUAAAAAGUUAACUUAUUUAGGAUGUAAUUUGAAUGUUAGCUAGCUAAGUUACUUUCUGCUAUCGUUAGUAGCUCAUCUAGGACACUACACUGUCUGCUGUCACAUGUAUUUAUGCAGUUUUUCUUUGUCAGCGACAGUGGGAUAAGAAAACAACACUCAUAAAUAUAGAAUAUGUGAAGCGUUAAUAAAUAAUGAUAUGUCAAAAGCCUGUAAGACUUUUAUGAAACUGGCUUACAAGCAGAACGAGCUAAAAGUCACAUGCUCAUCUGGACGUCUUUGUCGAUAACUAUGCCAAGUGACUAUUUUUGCACUUAUGGAGUAGAAAAAAAGUUAGAGAAAUGUUCUGACAGUGCAGUUUAAUUGUAGGGAACGUGGGAAAAGCUUUGAUUAACUGAACAGUCAUUUUAUUAGUUUAAUAAUGAUGGCAAGUACCUUAGCAGCAAAAAUGGGAUUUAACUCUCUGAUGAGAAAACAAGCCAGGAACUUCAACGUGAGGAUCUGUACUAUGGAGUCAGACAUGGAGUUCAGCUGCGAGGUCAAGUGGAAAGGAAAAGACCUUUUCGACUUUGUGUGCCGGACUUUGGGCCUGAGGGAAGCAUGGUUUUUUGGGCUUCAGUACACUAUAAAAGACUCCGUGGCUUGGCUGAAGAUGGAAAAAAAGGUUCUGGAUCAGGAGGUGCCAAAGGAAGAACCAAUCACCUUUCACUUCCUGGCCAAGUUUUACCCUGAAAAUGCAGAGGAGGAGCUGGUCCAAGAUAUCACUCAGCAUCUCUUCUUUCUGCAGGUGAAGAAGAAGAUCCUUGAGGAAGAGAUUCACUGCCCCCCUGAGGCGUCUGUGCUGUUGGCCUCUUAUGCUGUCCAUGCCAAGUUCGGAGACUACGACCCUGACGUUCAUAAACCGGGCUUCUUGGCUGAGGAGGAACUGCUGCCAAAGAGAGUGAUUAACUUGUACCAGAUGACUGCAGAAAUGUGGGAGGAGAGAAUCACAGCGUGCUAUGCAGAGCACAGAGGCAGGACAAGGGAUGAAGCUGAGAUGGAGUAUUUAAAAAUAGCUCAGGACCUGGACAUGUAUGGCGUCAAUUACUUUUUAAUCAGGAAUAAAAAGGGAACAGACCUUCUUCUGGGAGUGGACGCUCUGGGUCUGCAUAUCUACGAGCCAGACAACAAACUGACACCCAAGUGCUCCUUCCCCUGGAAUGAGAUCCGCAACAUCUCCUACAGCGACAAGGAGUUUACCAUCAAACCUCUGGACAAGAAAACCAGCGUUUUCAAGUUCAACUCUUCAAGGCUAAGAGUCAACAAGCUGAUCCUCCAGCUGUGUAUAGGGAACCACGACCUGUUUAUACGACGACGGCGAGUAGACUCACUUGAAGUACAGCAGAUGAAGGCUCAGGCCAGAGAGGAAAGAGCCAGAAAACAAGUAGAGCGACAACGCCUGCAAAGGGAAAAGCAGCUGCGUGAGGAGGCAGAGAGAGCCAGGAAUGAGCUGGAGAGGAGGAUAAUUCAGCUGCAGGAUGAAGCUCACAUGGCCAAUGAGGCCCUGUUGCGCUCGGAACAGACGGCGGACCUGCUGGCCGAGAAAGCCCAGAUCGCAGAGGAGGAGGCCAAGCUGCUGGCCCAGAAAGCUGCCGAGGCAGAGACAGAGAUGCAGCGCAUCAAAGUGACCGCCAUGCGUGGCCAGGAGGAGCGGCGGCUCAUGGAACAGAAGAUGCUGGAGGCUGAGAUGCUCGCACUCAAGAUGGCUGAGGAGUCAGAAAGGAGGGCUAAAGAGGCUGAGCAGCUGAAACAGGACCUGCUGGAAGCCAGAGAUUCAGAGCGCAGGGCAAAGAACAAGCUGCUGGAGAUUACCAGCAAGGCUGUGUAUAGGUCCCCUGCACCGCCGACUGACAGCAUGCCUCAAGAUUUCAGCUGCAGCAGGGAGAACCUCAGCUUUGACUUUAAAGAUACUGACAUGAAGCGCCUCUCCAUGGAGAUCGAGAAGGAGAAAGUCGAGUACAUGGAGAAGAGCAAGCAUCUGCAGGAGCAGCUGAACGAGCUGAAGACAGAGAUCGAAAGUCUGAAGCUAAAAGAGAGGGAGACCCCUUUGGACAUCAUUCACAACCAGAACACAGAGCAGGGGACCAGUAAGCACAGCAACUUUAAAAAGCUAACACUGCAGAGCACCAAGUCCAGGGUGGCCUUCUUUGAGGAACUCUAAACUACAGACCUGUAAGCAGCGAGGAAUCUGGACUGCCGAGACCGGCUCCAGUCUACAUUCCUCUUCAGUGGUCCUCACAACACUGCAAGACCUUAUGCUCCACUUGUUGGAAACUCCCAAUAAACACUACGAGCAAAAACAAACACUGCCUGGACCUGCAAUAACUCCAGGAGCUUCGUGGACGCACAAAAUUGAAAUUUUCCUGCACUAAAUCAGAGACUCAUCAAAAGACAAAACAAUGAGUGUGUGUUUACAUUGAGAGUGAUUGCGAGAUGCUUCACAUUAUCCUGGAAUAUUUUGAUGUGUGCUUGCAUGUGGGAUUUAUUAAUGUCAGAGAAUAAAGUCUGACUGUGUGAAAGGAGAAAGAAACUGUGCUGCUUCUAUCCCACUGUGGAUCUAAUAAGACUGUUUGUGAGGAGUUUAGAAUAGCUAAUAGCGCAACCUACAUUACGUGAGUUAAGAUAUUCAAAGGGAAAUAAACCACUAACUCUAUCCCAAACAAAAUAUUUAAUAUUCAGCAGUUAAAUGAAGCAAAACAUUGUAUUCUCUUUACCUUCUGCUUAAACACUGACCUUUCAUUUUAUUCUUUUCUUUUCCUAAUGCCAACAAACUCCUCCUUUAAGCUGCAUGUUUAAGCAGCAAAUACAGGUAAUUUCUCUGCCAUCAUGAACUGAAAGAGCCAUUUGUUGUAAAUCAGGAGAAUUUAUGAUCUGUGGAGGACAUUCAGCUUUUACUUUAUACCAUAAUGAAGCUGUAUUACGUAGCAAAACGUCUGCCUCUCUUUUUACAGUGAAUGUUGAAACUAUAGUGUUAACCAUAAUGCCUUGGGAUCUGUGUUUACAUGGUGUGUAUAUGUUACGUAUCUGAUCAGGGUGUCCAUGUACAAGGCGCUGCAUGCUCUCUGAUCUGCUCCCGAAACUGACGAGCCCAUUUGGGCUGGACGGUUCUUUGAAUUCAGACUGGUCCGUCACUUUGUGUGA